AUGCAUAACCCAGGUUUUCGAGCACAUCCAAAUUUUUCAUGGAAGAAUACCCAGAACCAAGCCAAUCCACCAACCACCACAUUGGAGGACAUGGUGCGGCAAUUGGCUAUUAGUCAACAAAAGUUGGAGGCUCAAGUUGGUCAAAUCGCUGAGGCAUUAAGCCAAAGGGAGGCUGGAAAAUUUCCUAGUCAAACUGUUAUCAAUCCGAAGAACAAUGAACAAGCCAAGGCCAUUCAUCUUCGACGUGGUAAGGUUAUUAAUAAUGGUGUUGAUGACAUUAAUGACGUUGUGGAUGUAGGUGAAAAAGAACAAGAAGAUGUUCAACAAGAUGUUGAAAAAUCUGAGCCUACUCCACCUGCCACUCAUUCUAAGGAAGGCAAUACGAGUGUUCUCCAUAAGGAAGUCAAUCCUUACAUGCCACCUAUUCCAUUCCCAGGUCGUCUUAAGCAAAACAAGCAGGAUAAGUAUUUCAAAGAAAUUUAUGAUGUGUUGAGUAAAGUUCAAAUUAACUUGCCCUUGCUUGAUGUGAUAGAACAGAUUCCGGCAUAUGGGAAAUUCUUGAAGAGUUUGAAGACUCAUAAGCUAAAGUUUGCACCUAACGAAGGAGUCAAGUUGAAUAAGAACGUGAGUGCAAUUCUUCAAAGGGACCUUCCACCUAAGUUAUCUGAUCCAGGUAGCUUUGAUAUACCCAUCACCAUUGGCAGCAAGCGACAUGGACAUGCGAUGCUAGAUCUUGGAGCAAGCAUCAACUUAAUGCCAUUCUCGGUUUACAAGGAACUUGGAAUCCAAGGAAUGAAGAAGACUACAGUUCGUCUUGAGCUUGCCGAUCGUUCUGUGAGGUAUCCUAAAGGUAUUGUAGAAGAUAUUUUGGUUCAAGUAGAUAAACUCAUUCUUCCUGCAGAUUUCAUAAUUUUAGAUACGGAAGAAAGUGGGAUAAAUGGACAUGAUGCACCUAUACUUCUUGGUCGGCCAUUCAUGGCAACUGCAGACACAUGCAUCCGAGUGAAGGACGGUACCUUGACAAUGACCGUUUUGGGAGAAACUGUGGAACUUAAAGUGUUUGAAGCUCUCUCUUUUCCUUCUACUUCACUUGAUACGUGUUUCUCUAUUGAUAUAAUAGAUACGUUGAUUACAUCUACCUUUGUGCAUAAUGAAAUUACGGAUCUUGAACAGGUUUUGAUAGGAUCACCUAGUGAAGAAGAAGCAAUUGAAAGUGUUGGAGCGGUCUUAGAGCACACCAUACCAUAUCAACCAAGGUACACGCCUCCAAUUGAGCCAUUGGUGAUGAAUAAGACAAAGCUCGAACCAUCUAUCAUCUCUCCACCAAAGUUGGAAUUAAAACCAUUGCCACAACAUCUCAAGUAUGCAUACAUAGGUAAAGAUGAGACUCUUCCGGUAAUUAUUGCUACGGAUUUGACUAAGGAAGAGGAGAAGAGUCUCAUUCAAGUGCUUAAACAUCAUCAAACGGCUUUGGGAUGGACUAUUGCCGAUAUCAAAGGCCUUAGCCCCACCUUGUGCAUGCAUAGAAUUUUAAUGGAGGAUGAGGUAAGACCAUCACGAGAAUCACAAAGAAGACUCAAUCCAAACAUGAAGGAAGUGGUGAGAGCCGAAGUCCUCAAAUUGCUCGAUGUGGGGGUGAUCUAUCCAAUUUCGGAUAGCAAGUGGGUAAGUCCAGUUCAAGUAGUGCCAAAGAAAUCCGGUAUCACGGUGGUAAAGAACAAGGAUGAUGAACUCAUUCCUACAAGGAUGACUACCGGAUGGAGAGUGUGCAUUGACUAUCGGAAGUUGAAUACCGCCACUAGAAAGGAUCAUUUUCCUCUCCCUUUCAUUGAUCAAAUGCUUGAACGCUUAUCGGGUCAUUCUCACUAUUGUUUUCUUGAUGGGUUUUCAGGUUAUAAUCAAAUUCCGAUUGCACCUGAGGAUCAAGAAAAGACCACCUUCACAUGCCCAUUCGGUACAUUCGCUUAUAGAAGGAUGCCCUUCGGAUUGUGCAAUGCCCCCGCUACUUUCCAACGUUGCAUGAUGGCAAUUUUUUCCGACAUGGUGGAGCGAAUAAUUGAGGUAUUCAUGGAUGAUUUUUCAGUUUUUGGAUCUUCUUUUGAUGCAUGCCUUGAAAAUUUAGCUCUAGUUUUGCAACGAUGUCAAGCGACGAAUUUAAUUUUGAAUUGGGAAAAAUGUCAUUUCAUGGUUAGGAGGGGUAUCGUGCUAGGACAUGUAGUGUCUCACGAGGGGAUUGAGGUAGACAAAGCAAAAAUUGACUUGAUAAAAAAUUUACCUUCCCCUACUUCUGUUAAAGGUGUUAGAAGUUUUUUAGGACAUGCGGGUUUUUAUAGACGUUUCAUCAAAGAUUUUUCUAAGAUCACCAAACCUCUUUGCGAUUUAUUGGCUAAAGAUGCAGUUUUUGAUUUUGACAAAGAGUGCUUGGCAGCUUUUAAUGUGUUGAAACAUGCAUUGACCUCGUCUCCUAUUAUUUCUACUCCCAAUUGGUCGUUACCAUUUGAGCUUAUGUGUGAUGCAUCUGAUUAUGCGGUUGGUGCGGUUCUUGGUCAAAAGGAUGGUAAGGCGUCCCAUGUUAUUUAUUAUGCUAGUCGUACUUUGAAUGACGCACAACUGAAUUACUCCACCACAGAAAAAGAGUUGUUGGCAGUGGUAUUUGCUUUGGAAAAAUUUCGUGCUUAUCUAGUUGGUUCCAAAGUAAUUGUUUAUACUGACCAUGCGGCUUUAAAGUAUUUGUUGAAUAAGAAAGAUGCCAAGCCUAGGUUGAUUCGGUGGAUCCUCUUACUUCAAGAGUUCGACUUGGAGAUCAAAGAUAAAAAGGGUAGUGAGAAUGUGGUGGCCGAUCACCUAUCACGCAUUGUGGAAGAAGGAUUUUGUCAAGAGAAUCAGGUGCCGAUCAAUGAGACUUUUCCGGAUGAACAACUCUUGAUUGUCCAUUCAAAGGAGCCAUGGUAUGCUGAUUUUGUUAAUUAUCUUGCUUGUGGCGUACUUCAAGAAGGACUAACUUUUCAGGAAAAGAAGAGAUUUUUGGCAUCGGUCAAGCACUAUUAUUGGGAGGAUCCUUAUUUGUUCAAGCAUGGACCCGACCAAAUCAUUCGCCGGUGCGUUCCUGAAGAAGAACAAGAGAACAUUCUACGACAUGCACAUGAUCUUGCUUGUGGUGGACACUUUGGAGCUAAGAAAACAGCUUUAAAAGUGCUCCAAUCAGGUUUUUUCUGGCCUACGCUUUUUAAAGAUGCAUUCCACUUUUGUGCUAGAUGUAAUAGUUGUCAAAGGUCGGGAAAUAUUGGUAGAAGGAAUGAAAUGCCUUUGAAUAGCAUUCUUGUGGUUGAGAUGUUUGAUGUGUGGGGUAUUGAUUUUAUGGGCCCGUUUCCCCCUUCUUAUGGCUACACUUAUAUCCUUGUAGCAGUGGAUUACGUCUCUAAAUGGGUUGAAGCCCUAGCUACUAGGACCAAUGACCAUAGGGUUGUUCUUACAUUCCUUAAGGAUAUGAUUUUUACUAGAUUUGGAACCCCUAGGGCCAUUAUUAGUGAUGGUGGUAGUCAUUUUUGCAAUAAGCCUUUUGAAGCCUUGUUAAAAAAAUACAACAUCACUCACAAAAUAGCCACCCCAUACCAUCCUCAAACAUCGGGUCAAGUGGAAGUUAGCAAUAGGGAGAUCAAACGAAUUUUGGAGAAAACUGUCAACUCCACUAGGAAAGAUUGGGCUAUUAAGCUUAAUGAUGCUUUGUGGGCAUAUCGGACAGCUUUCAAAACACCGAUUGGUAUGAGUCCUUAUCGUCUUGUGUUUGGAAAAGCAUGUCACUUGCCUAUGGAACUCGAGCACCGGGCGUAUUGGGCUAUAAAGAAAUUAAAUUUUGAUAUACAAGCUGCAGGUACAGAAAGAAAGUUACAACUCAACGAGUUAGAGGAGCUCCGUCUUGAAGCUUAUGAAAAUGCAAAGCUCUACAAGGAACGCACUAAGGCAGCACAUGACAAAUUGAUUCAGCCAAAAGAACUUACCGAAGGUUUAAUGGGAAAGCGCAAAGCUGUUGCUCCACCUACCACUUCAUUCAAAAAGGGUGCUGAUAUUUAUACUGAGGCUCCUCUUGAAAAGGAGACACGCAUUGCUGCUAAUGUGCGUGCACUGCCCGAACACCAGGAAGCAAUGCAAUAUCUCACCACGCACUCUCUUGAGUACCUUUUGGAUCCUGACCCUGGUGAUCAGUUGCGCGUGUAUACAAAGGCAGUGCGAGCUUUUUACCGCACACUUACUGAAAUUCAGGGCGAGGAACACGAGAGUAUGACUGACGAUCCAAAGUCAUAUUCCGUAACUAUUGAGCAGCAAGUUAUUCAGUUCUCUACUACGGACUUAUGUGAGUUAAUCGGGUUUCCUCGGGAAUUUGUUCCCAAUACUGGGUUUGAGCGGUCCACAGUUCCAUUUAUGGCCGAUAUCAUUAUGGCUCUCACCACUGAGACAUAUUCUGGCCAGUGCUUUGUGACACGUUCCCAACUUCCAAAAUAUAUGAGACUUAUUGACACCGUUGUCAAGAAGAAUUUGAUUCCUAUAGGACAUGAUCAGGAACGGCGGGGUCCAUUUUUGGAGGUUUUAUAUGCUAUGCUUAAGAAAGAGUGGUUUGACGUCGGUGAAGUCUUUGUAGAACAAAUGCUUUUGGUUAAAAGCAGGUUGGAGAAUCAGUCAAAUCAGUUUCUUCUUUUCCCUCGCCUUAUUACUCGGUUGCUGCAGAAGCAUGAGAUUACUUUGCGCGAGAAGCCGGCUGUUGAUUUUCCUAUGGACACUUUCUCUAUGAGCUCAUGGAAUCUAAGCCGAUCACAUAUGGAUAGGAUUGCCUUGAGAAUGAGAGGUGUUUCCGGUUCUUCUCACGGGAGUUCUGGUGCGCCUACUUUGAUUGAGCGAUUUGAGAUCUUGGGUACUGAACUUCGUACUGUUGCUGAGGAGCAAGCCAGCUUACGUGCUUAUGUCAUGAAUGGAUUUGAAGAUGUCCGAACAGAGUUGACACUGCUUAGAGCUAGCCAGGAAGCACUUAUAGAUUUCUUGGGGUGCCCACCACCCGAUGUUCCACCUCCACCAUGAUUACUCUCAGGUUGUGUUGUUCCCACUUUUGUGUGUUUCUUUGUUUUAUUUUAUUUUAUUUUAUUUUUUUCUGCAUUGGGGACACUGCACUAUCUAAGUGUGGGGGGGUGAUUUUUGGGGUGACCUUUGGAGUGACUUUUGGAUCCAAGAUACGGUAUGUAUUAAUUGCUAUUUGCUUACCAUAGGCAUGUAUCUGAAUCUCUUAUGUUAGCAGUAUGUGGUUAUAAAAAAAAUUAAAAAAAAAAAAAAAAAAGAACAAUUGUGAUGUUUGUGGGUAUCGUCCUGGUAAGCCCUCACGAGACUAUAACUCGUCCACUAGGGACACCUAGGGGUUUAAAGGCUUAUGGUAUGCGCUAAAUACCAUCGUGAUUCCCUACGACAACGGGCUGUUAGGAUUAGUUAGAGUCUUUGUUGUGCGUUUUGGGUUAGAUGCUUCUUCGCAAUGAUGAAAGUAAUUUGUGUCGCUCAACUACUCUAAAGAUGAUCUGCUUGAAUUUUAUGUUUGGAGAUUAAAUAUGUCGUGAAUCAUUACCUUGCAUGUGAAGUCGAGAAAUUGCAUGGUGUCGUUUAUCACAUACAAAUUUUGGAGACUUAUGCCCGGUGAGAUUUUGAGCCAAUCGUUUGUUCUGAGGGAUUUUGUCUACUCCAUAAUUUUUGUUUUUGUGCUUAAACUUACUUGAAAUAGAUCUCAUAUGCCUUGUUUUGAUUGUUUGCCAAGAAUAUCGUUGUGAAUUUAUGUCUUGAUGAACCUUUCUUAUGAUGAUCAUGUUGAUCUUAAGAGAGGAAGGUAGGCCUUCUUUGAUUCGUUUGGUUAUCUUUCUAGCCUACCCUUACAUAUAUUUAUCGCUAGUACCCUCUUUGAGCCUAAACACAAACCUUUUUGUCAUGGCCAAUCAACCUUACCCUAUUUAAUUUGAGGUUCAUUUGAUGAAGGAAAACUGAAUUUCUUAUCUCCUUUUGAAAACUAUUGAGUUGAAUGAAUAAUUGAACAAGAGUUGAUUGUUGAUGUGUUUUGAUAAAUUUAUUGGAGUUGUGCUUUGGUUAUGAAAGAAGGGAGGUCAGUGUGGGGGUAUUGCAAGGAAGUAAAAAAAGAAAAAAAAAAAGAAAAAAAAAAACAA